AUGAACCCGAACGCACCGAGCUUUUCGUUUAACCCUUCUGCGGGGGGCUUUGUCCCUCGUAGCAUGCAGCAGCAGCAGCAGCAGCAGGCUGGCUACGAUGCGUACUACAACCAAGGAUUUGCUGGUGCAGGCUUUGGCGCGCAAGAUCCCAACCAGUACCAGCAGUAUGGUUUCCAGCAGCCUUCGGCGCCAGCGCCGCCGAAGCCGGCAGCCCCACCCGCCUCAUCUGGCUCUGGUCCCGCGCCACUGCCGCCGAAGGCUGCGGCCAUGGCGUCGAGCAAGCCGGCUGGUAUGAAGAAGGCCGUGAGCAUUUCGAUCGGUGGCGCGAAGAAGCCGGAGCCCAAGCCAGAGGCCAAGACGGAGCCGACGGAGCCGAAACCAGCGGCUAAGACAGAGACCAAGGCGCCCGAGGCGGCCAAGCCGGCCGAUGUUAAAGGCCAGGCUGUGAAACAGCAGAACAAGGUGGAGAAGAAGGUCUCUGAGAAGGCUGCUGUCGAUGCUGAUAAGGUGCUUGCUGAUGCUAAGUUGGCUACGGAUGAAGAGACGCUGAAGGACUUGUUUGGCGACCAGGAAGUCAAGUCGCACAUGAAUUUGGUGUUUGUGGGCCACGUCGAUGCUGGUAAGUCGACGAUGGGUGGCAACCUGCUGUACCUGACCGGUAUGGUGGACAAGCGUACGUUGGAAAAGUACGAGCGGGAAGCCAAGGAUAUUGGCCGUGAGUCGUGGUACCUAUCAUGGGCGCUUGAUUCGACACAGCAGGAGCGUGACAAGGGUAAGACGGUCGAGGUUGGCCGUGCAUACUUUGAGACUGGCAAGCGCCGCUACACGCUGCUGGACGCGCCGGGCCACAAGUCGUACGUCCCGAACAUGAUCGGUGGUGCUGCGCAGGCCGAUGUAGCGAUUCUCGUGAUUUCCGCGCGUAAGGGCGAGUUUGAGACAGGUUUCGAGCGUGGUGGUCAGACGCGUGAGCAUGCUGUCUUGGUCAAGACGGCAGGUGUGCAGCGUUUGAUCGUCGUGGUGAACAAGAUGGACGACUCGACCGUAAACUGGGACAAGGAGCGUUACGACGACAUUGUGGGCAAGCUGACGCCAUUUUUGCGCAGCGCUGGCUUCAACCCGAAGACGGAUAUUACAUUCAUUCCUGUCUCGGCGUACUCGGGUGCGAAUCUGAAGGACAAGGCGUCGAGUGAGGCGUGCCCGUGGUACGAAGGCCCGACGCUCCUGAACUUCUUGGACGGUCUUGAGCUGGGUGACCGCAAAAUGAGUGCCUCGCUGAAGAUGCCUGUGAGUGAGAAGUACGCCGAUAUGGGUACCUAUGUGGUGGGCAAGCUGGAGAGUGGCAAGAUGAAGAAGGGUGACUCGCUCAUUCUCAUGCCCAACAAGACGUCCGUUGAAGUCCUGGCGAUCUUUAGCGAAGUCGACGAGGAAAUCCCUGCCGCGGUGUCGGGUGACAAUGUCCGUGUAAAGCUCAAGGGCGUGGAGCUGGAAGACGUGCAGCCGGGCUUUGUGCUCACGGACCCGCAAGACCCUGUGCAUGUGGUACGUCGCUUUGAGGCGCAGCUGGCGAUCCUGGAGCACCGUAAUAUUAUCUGCGCAGGCUACAGUGCCGUGAUGCACGCACACUCGCUCAACGAGGAAGUCAACCUGGUGGAGCUGCUGCACUACUACGACAAGAAAACAGGCAAGAAGAGCCGUCGUGGCCCACAGUUUGCCAAGAAGGGCAUGAAAAUCAUUGCGAUGAUCGAGACGACAGCACCAGUGUGCUUGGAGCGCUUCAAGGACUACCCACAGCUUGGCCGCUUCACUCUGCGUGACGAAGGCAAGACAGUGGCCAUCGGUAAGGUGACCAAGCUCCUUACGGACGACAUGCCGGAUAUGGACAAGCUGGCGAUCGACAAGUAG